AUGGAUGCAGGAUCAUUAUAUCGAACUUUUAUGCCGAAAUAUACACAUUAUAGCAAUGAUGGAAAUGGGAGGGAUAAAUAUAUUUCAGUAAACAAUGGAGGCUUUAUAAACUCAGGACCAAGUUCACCGUCAGGCUUUAAAAGCUCCAACCCAAGUCCGAAUCGACGGUUUUUCAGUCCUGCGCCAAGACUAGCUUCUCCAGUCUUUAAAUAUCACUCUGAUGGCUCUGGGAGAGAUUUUUAUAUUGCUCGUGAUAGUGGAGGACUGCACGCUGCUUAUGUUCCUGGUGUUGAGAGAAAUAUUUUCACAAGUACAUUAAGAAAACAUCCUAGAUUAAGAAAUCUUAGCUCUGAUUCUUUUAUGAAGAUGACUUAUAACUAUCGAAGCCAGAAAUCUAGGCAAUGUAUGCGAGAAAAACAAAAAAUUGCAAGAAACGCUGUUAAUAGACUUUACCACACUAAUAGUGGAAGUCAAAAUAUUUCAAUUCAGGAUUUGAAACAUAAAAGGCCAUGCUCAAUAAGUUUUGUCCAAACAAUGAAAUAA